GCCUCGAAGGGUGUGUGGACACAAGCUAAACACUCUUUCUUUUUCUCUCACCACUACCACCAGCGAUGAUGGCCCUGCAUCACCGCCGUCCUUCACGCGCAAGAUCGCGCCAUCUGCUAUCGUCCUUGUCUUUGUUCUUUGUCGCUCUCGUCGCGCUCCUUUGCUUCUGCUCUCCCGUAGCAGCUCAAGACUCGGCGAAAAAGAGCGAGUAUGGAACCGUCAUUGGUAUUGACUUAGGUACAACGUAUUCAUGUGUUGGUGUACAGCGCGGCGGUCGUGUGGAAAUUAUCGCCAACGAUCAGGGUCACCGGAUAACCCCCUCAUGGGUAAGCUUCACGGACGAAGAACGACUUGUUGGCGAUAGUGCCAAGAAUGCUUUUCACUCGAAUCCUCAAAACACCGUAUUCGAUGCUAAGCGUCUCAUCGGUCGUAAAAUGGACGAAAACGAAGUGAAACGUGAUAUGAAGCACUGGCCGUUUACCGUCGCAGACAAAGGCGGGAAACCAUCUAUUCAGGUUUCUUACAAGGGCGAGAUGCGUGAUUUUACUCCCGAGGAAAUCAGCGCAAUGGUGCUCACCAAGAUGAAGGAGACUGCUGAAGCUUACCUCGGUGAGAAGGUUACGCAUGCAGUCGUCACUGUCCCCGCAUACUUCAAUGAUGCACAGCGCCAGGCAACCAAAGAUGCCGGCACCAUCGCGGGUCUUCAAGUCCUUCGCAUCAUCAACGAGCCCACCGCUGCUGCGAUUGCAUACGGCCUCAACAAGAAGGGUGGCGAGUCUCAAAUCAUUGUUUAUGACCUUGGUGGUGGUACUUUCGACGUGUCCCUUCUCUCCAUCGACGACGGCGUUUUCGAGGUUCUGGCGACCGCAGGUGACACCCACCUCGGUGGUGAGGACUUCGACAACCGGGUUAUCGACUACCUCGUUAAGCAAUACAAGAAGAAGACCGGAACGGAUGUUUCGACCAACAUGCGCGCCAUGGGCAAACUGAAGCGUGAGGUCGAGAAGGCUAAGCGCACUCUCUCCAGCCAACAGUCGACUCGCAUCGAAAUCGAAUCGUUCGAGGAUGGCAAUGAUUUCUCGGAGACCCUUACCCGUGCUAAGUUCGAGGAGCUUAACAUGGACUUGUUCCGCAAGACCAUGAAGCCAGUCGAACAGGUUCUCAAGGAUGCCAACGUCAAGAAGGAAGACAUCGAUGAGGUUGUCCUUGUUGGGGGUUCGACUCGUAUUCCCAAGGUCCAGCAGAUGCUCAAGGAUUACUUUGGAAAGGAGCCUUCUAAGGGAAUCAACCCUGACGAGGCCGUCGCGUACGGUGCCGCUGUUCAAGGUGGUAUCCUUUCUGGCGAACAAGGAACGGAAGACGUUGUACUCGUCGACGUCUGCCCUCUCACCCUCGGCAUCGAGACUACCGGUGGCGUCUUCACCAAACUCAUCCCUCGUAACACCGUCAUCCCCACCCGGAAGAGUCAAAUCUUCUCUACCGCCGCUGAUAACCAGCCUACUGUUCUUAUUCAGGUGUUUGAGGGUGAGCGUGCCCUUACGAAGGAUAACAACUUGCUUGGCAAGUUCGAGCUCUCCGGUAUUCCUCCUGCUCCUCGCGGCGUCCCUCAGAUCGAGGUCACCUUCGAAAUUGACGCCAACGGUAUCAUGAAGGUCUCCGCUGCCGACAAGGGAACUGGUAAACUGGAGUCUAUUACGAUCACGAACGAGAAGGGUCGUCUCUCGAAGGAAGAGAUCGAGCGCAUGGUACGCGAGGCCGAAGAGUUCGCUUCGGAGGACGAUGCCAACCGCAAGCGCAUCGAGGCUCUCAACUCUCUUUCAUCCUUCGUCUAUGGUCUCAAGUCUCAACUCGGCGACCAAUCCGGACUGGGUGGUAAGCUGAGCGACGACGACAAAAAGACAAUUCUUGCCUCCAUUAAGGAGGCCACCGAUUGGAUCGAGGAGAACGGUGAGGCGGCGACCACAGAUGAUUUCGAGGAGAAGUUGGCAGAGAUUCAGUCUGUCGUGAGCCCGAUCACGAGCAAGUUGUAUGCUGAUGGCGCGGGUGCGGGUGGAUCUGCUGGAGCACCUGAGGAUGAGGACGAGCCUUACUUCGGCCACGACGAGUUGUAGAUGAAUUUUAGCAUAACUCCCUUUUUAUUAUUAUACACAUUUGGAAGCACAAGCGGAGAUGUCCUUUCCAACUUGCAAACUGAUUGCGAUGACCAUGGUUAUGCAUAAGUACGAAGUACAGAUUAAUUUUAGUGGCUCAUGCUCCUAUCGCCUUGUUUUUUUUUUUGGUUGACUUCGUAUUUGGGUUUGAGGUGGCACGGUUAAACAGGUUCUUAUGUAAGUGCUUCAUCUGUGACAA